GACUUCAUUCCAUUUUCUGUUGAAUAAUAACUCAACGUUGAAAAUGUCCUUUGUGGGGGAGAACUCAGGAGUGAAAAUGGGCUCUGAAGACUGGGAAAAAGAUGAACCCCAGUGCUGCUUAGAAGACCUGGCUGGAAGCCCCCUGGAACCAGGCCCAAGCCUCCCCGCCAUGAAUUUUGUUCACACAAGUCCAAAGGUGAAGAACUUAAACCCGAAGAAAUUCAGCAUUCAUGACCAGGAUCACAAAGUACUGGUCCUGGACUCUGGGAAUCUCAUAGCAGUUCCAGAUAAAAACUACAUAUGCCCAGAGAUCUUCUUUGCAUUAGCCUCAUCCUUGAGCUCAGCCUCUGUGGAGAAAGGAAGUCCGAUUCUCUUGGGGGUCUCUGAAGAGUUUUGUCUCUACUGUGACAAGGAUAAAGGACAAAGUCAUCCAUCCCUUCAGUUGAAGAAGAAGAAACUGAUGAAGCUGGCUGCCGAAAAGGAAUCAACACGCCGGCCGUUCAUCUUUUAUAGGGCUCAGGUGGGCUCCCGGAACAUGCUGGAGUCGGCGGCUCACCCCGGAUGGUUCAUCUGCACCUCCUGCAAUUGUAAUGAGCCCGUUGGAGUGACAGAUAAACGUGAGAACAGGAAACACGUUGAAUUUUCAUUUCAACCAGUUUGCAAAGCUGAAGUGAGCCCCAGUGAGGUCAGUGAUUAGGAAACUGCCCCAUCGAAUGCCUUCCUUGCUAAUUUGAACUAGUUGUAUAAAAACACAAA